UCCUUGUUACUUUCUUUUACCCUAUCGACAGUGGUCUCUGCGAUCUCAGAUUACAACAACGUUGCCCUCUACUGGGGCCAGAACUCUGCUGGAACACAACAAGACCUAGCAUCUUAUUGUAGUUCCGAAAAGGCAGAUAUUUACAUCCUCUCCUUCAUCGAUGUCUUUGGUUCUUCUCAGCAACCAAACGUCAACUUUGCCAACGCUUGCACAGAGUCUUACUCCAGCGGCUUGCUGCAUUGUCCUCAGAUUGGCAAAGACAUUAAAACUUGUCAAUCUUUGGGUAAAACCGUCCUCAUCUCACUGGGCGGUGCCUCUGGUGCCUACGGAUUCUCCGACGAUUCUACCGCAGAUUUUGCAGGCACCUUGUGGAACAUGUUUGGUGGAGGCUCCGACUCAUCUGUUGAAAGACCUUUCGACGAUGCAGUGGUUGAUGGUUUUGAUUUUGAUAUCGAAAACAACAACCCUAAGGGCUAUGCUACUCUUGCUAACAAGUUGAGAUCUUAUUUCUCCGAAGACUCAUCCAAAACUUACUACUUAUCUGCAGCACCACAGUGCCCUUAUCCUGAUGCUUCUGUUGGUGACUUGUUGGAAAAUGCAUCCAUUGACUUUGCCUUUAUCCAGUUCUACAACAACUAUUGUGCAACUACAGGCUCCAACUUCAACUGGGAUACCUGGAACACCUUUGCUGAAAACACUUCCCCAAAUAAGAACAUCAAAUUGUUUGUUGGCUUGCCAGCCGCUACAGGUGCUGCUGGUUCAGGCUAUGCUACCAUCGACCAAAUCAAAUCCACAUUCCAGAACACUAUUCUCAACAAAGAAGAUUCUCAUUUUGGUGGUUUCGUUUUGUGGGAUGCUUCAUGGUCUACUUCAAAU